AUGUUAGGGGACUUCAACUCCAUCCUUCAUGACCAUGAGAAAAAGGGUGGAGCCCAGGUUUAUACAGGUAGUGUUAGGGAGAUGAGUCAGUGUUUGGAGGACUGCUCCAUUGAGGAUAUGGGCUUUAAGGGCCCAAAUUUUACUUGGAGAAGAGGUAGGCUGGAGGAAAGAUUGGACAGGGUUGUGGUUAACGAGGCAUGGAGUUUGGAUUGGCCCAACAGCUAUCUGUUAGUGGAAGAGCUAGCGUACUAUCAACGGGAGGAGUACACGAAUGAAUCAAAUAACACCGAAAAGAGAGGGAUUCCAGAGACUAUGCUGAAUUCCUUUAGAGCCCAAGCGAAGGAGAAAAAUUGGAUUUUUGCUCGUCUUGAAGGGAUUGAAUGCCACCUAAACCUCCGCUUCUGCAGUAGCCUGGUGCGUCUGCAAAGGGAGCUAUGGACUCAACUUGAAUCGAUCCUCUUAAGGGAAGAACUCGAAUGGUUCCAGAGGUCCUGUUGUAACUGGAUCAAAUUAGGGGAUAGAAACAUAAGAUACUUCCAUGCGAAUUCGGUGGCUAGGAGAAGGAGGAACCAGAUUGAGGCUUUGAAGGAUGACAGGGGAUCCUGGGUUACAGAAGAGAAAGAGCUCAUCAUCUUGGCCAAGGAGUACUACCAGAAUCUUUUUCACGAAGAUAUCCCUUGUAGAUAG